ACUACAAUAUUGUAAAAUAAUUCGUUCGUCAGCUUGUUUCUGGCAAGCCAGGCUGCGUUCUCUUUUGAGCCUUCCUGUCCGUGCCGAGGACCUAUAGAUUUCUUUUGGAUUUUUAGUGUUUUCGUUAGGAAGAUGGAACUGCGCCUUGGUUGUCACUUGCUGCUUUCGGCCUUUCUGGUCCAUUUUGCACAAACAGCUGUUGUUGAAUUGGAUGAUAAUAAUUUCGACUCAAUAAUAUCAGGCAAUCAGUUAGUUAUUGUCAAUUUCUAUGCUAACUGGUGCCGAUUUAGUCAGAUGCUUACACCUAUCUUUGAAGAGGCUUCCAACAAAAUUCAAGGUGAAUUCUCUACAGGAGUAGCGCUGGGACGAGUGAAUUGUGAGGCCCAAGUCAACACUGCACAAAAAUUUUCCAUAAACAAGUAUCCUACGUUGAAGGUCUUCCGAAAUGGGCAGGCGCUCAAGAAGGAGUACCGUGGUCAGAGGUCCCCCGAUGCGUUUCUGGAGUUUGUGCGCUCGGAGCUCACGCCAUCCAUCAAGGAUGUUGCUCACCACGAGCUGGGCCAGCAUGUCAGCAAACGCUCCAUUGUAGGAUUUUUCCCUCACAAGGAAGGGACCGAGUAUGCCGCAUUUGACAAAGCGUCCACCGUGCUGAAGGACGACUGUCCGUUCAUUUCUGUCAUCAGGCCUGGUGACGUCAGCAUCGGUAUUCACCAGGAGAACGAAGUGGAUGCUGAGCAUAAGUUUGACGGCGAUCACAGUGAUCACCAGUCCAUGAUCGGGUUUGUCACCGACCGUUGCAUCCCGCUCGUGCGCGAGAUCACGUUUGCAAACGCCGAGGGCCUCACGGAAGAGGGCCUGCCGUUCCUCAUCCUCUUCCACCAUCCCGACGAUACGCAGAGCCUGCAAAUGUUCGAACGCCAGGUGCGACAGGACUUGAUCACCGAGCGCAGCGCCAUGAACUUUAUCCAUGCGGACGGUCUGCAGUUCUCACAUCCGCUUCACCAUCUCGGCAAGUCUAAACAUGACCUGCCUGUGCUGGCCAUCGACAGCUUCCGGCACAUGUACCUCUUUCCGGGCAAUUUCCAGGAAGACCUCGCCAAGCCCAGCAAGCUGCGUCAGUUUGUCGCCGACUUGCACUCGGGAAAGCUGCAUCGCGAAUUCCACUACGGUCCCGAUCCCACUGAGCAGCCGCAGCUGGAGCAGCAGGCACCGGCCGAUCCAAUGGCCGACAUCGAGCAGGGGCCGAACGCCCCGGGCAUUCCUUCCUCCGAUGAAGCUGUCAUGCCGUCACAAGCCCCAGUAGUCGGUGGCGGUAUGCAGGAGCAUCAGUUCCGAGCGCCGCCAAAGAGCGCCUUUGCCAAGCUGGCGCCCGGCAAGAAUCGCUACACGUUCGCAGGCAAUCACGAUGAGUUGUAGGCACUCGGCAACCGGUGAUUUCUGCUCCCCUCUCCACCUCUGGUCGUGCCCCGAUGCUAAUCUGAGUCCGACCGCCGCUCAGUGUGGAUAUAGACCGUUCGCAGUUAACCGGGAUGAAACUACGCGAGGGUUCCUUGCGUGAAUGCGCACGGUCGGACGUGCAUUCACACCAUAGCAUGUGCCACCGUUAUGGACGGGAGGCUGCAGCGGUGGUGAAUUGCCGCGAUGUUGGUCCUCCACCGGUGCCUUUUCAUGGUUGUGCGCGUGCGGUCAGCACAUAUGCUACCGUACCUGCCUUCCUCCGUACAGGCCUUUAAACUUGUUUAUAUUUUAGCUGUAAUCUUUUUGCCAGCGCCUUCUUACCUGACCCAUGCAACAAUAAUAUUAUUUUGCUGCCUUGCUGAAUAUUAGGAUAUAUUUCGAUUUAUUUCAUGAUGUUGCUAACCUUAUUUGAACCUCCUGUAUAUAGUGAGUACUGAACGUGCUGAAUUCCUUCCCUGUUCCUGAUUCUGGAUGUUGCAAGCUUUCUUCCGCUCUUGACUCUUUUA